ACAAAAUCACUAUUCUUUGGUAAAAUCUGUUUCCUUGGAUAUCUUGGAGGUACCGGAUUGUGCACUACUAUAAACAAUGGCUAAGUCUUUUUUUCACGAUAUCGAGCCUGUCCCUGUGGAUGAAACGUUUCGCCUGUUGGAUCAAUUUAAUUCUGACACAUCGCCGAAUAAAGUGAAUCUUGGAAUAGGAGUCUAUCGUACAAAUGAAGGCAAGCCCUGGAUUCUUCCUGUUGUGUCCAGUACAGAGAUGGCACUUGCAGCCGACAAAACAUUGAAUCAUGAAUAUUUGAGUAUAGAUGGAAUGAAGGAGUUUUAUACAGCAGCUUCCAGGUUGAUCCUUGGAGCUGAUAGUCCAGCCAUUGUUGAAAACAGAGUUUGUGCAGUGCAAGUUCUGUCUGGUACUGGCAGUUUACGUAUACUACUUGAGUUUACAAAACGUUUCAUGCCUGCAAAAGUUGUGUAUACGCCCAAACCAUCCUGGGGCAACCAUGCAAAGAUUGCCAGAGAUGUUGGUUUCACUGACAGAAGAGAAUAUCGUUAUUACAAUAAAGAGACUCGUGGAUUAGACCUCAAUGGAAUGCUCGAAGACUUGCAGAAUGCUCCAGAAGGCUCAGUUAUAAUCCUACAUGGUUGUGGACAAAACCCCACUGGAGUGGAUCCAUCGGCGGAAGAGUGGGUAAAAAUUGCAGAGGUUGUGAAGGCCAAACAUCUCUUCCCUCUACUGGAUUAUGCAUAUCUUGGCCUCAUUUCUGGAGAUAUCGAUGAAGAUGCCUUUGCUGUACGACACUUUGUCUCGCAGGGAAUUGAAUUAGCAGUGGCACAAUCCUUUGCCAAAAACUUUGGUUUAUAUUCCUCCAGAAUUGGUUGCGCGUUUUUGAUCGCGAAUUCCUCGGAAUAUGUCAAUACCAUACGAAGUCAGCUGAAGGUCAUCAUUCGUCCAAUGUGGUCCAACCCUCCCGUGCAAGGCGCACGUAUUGUUACGACGGUGUUGAACAAUCCUGCCUUGCUGACCGAAUGGAAAGAGUGUGUGGCGUCCAUGUCAAAACGGAUCAAGUCUGCUCGUGAGAGUCUCUUCCAAAAAAUGCGCGGGCUGGGAACUCCUGGAAACUGGGAUCACAUCGUAAAACAUUGUGGCAUGUUCACCUUCACUGGAUUGUCUCCAAAACAAGUCAAGUAUUUACUGGAGAAGUAUCAUAUAUAUGCUAUGGGAAAUGGUCGUAUUAACAUGUGUACCGUUACCACGAGUAAUGUCGAGUAUGUGGCGAAAGGAAUCGACGACGCUGUUCGUAAUAUAAAGGAAUGAAUGAACUUGCAAACUUGAAAUAAAUUUUAAUAAAAAAUAGUUAUGAUAUAUUCUAAUUACUUGAAAGGCGUUACUAAAGAAAUAUUGUAAUCUUAAUUUAUCUUAUAUUGCUUCAUCUUAUGAAAUGAGUGACAUAUUUAUCAAGCUUAUAUAACGGACAUUUUAACUAUAUUGCUUAUUGUGA